GGCCAACCGCCAUUCCCUCUUUGCUUUAAAUAUCUGUCUCUGAGGGCCACUCCGCCCGACACCCCCUUCAAUCUUGCUACUUGGAUUUGGUGGCCAACCAUUCAAUCCUCUCUCUCUUUCUCUCCCUGUUUCUUUCUUUUUCUUAUCCAUUUCAAAACCCAUGUGGGGUUUUGUUUAUCUAAUGGGCUUUGGAAAUUCUGAUUGUUGAAUAUAAACGGUUGAUUAUCUCUUCUUCUUCCUCUCGAUUUGGGGCUUUUGUUUGUUUUGUUUUGUGUUUGAAGUUAGGCCAACGCCUUUGGCGUAUUUCUUUACCGUUUGAUUGUUGAUUUCACUUGUAAUCGAAGUUAGGAUAUCGUCUCUUCUUGGGUUUCUCUUUUCUUUUUUGUUGAUUUUCUGGUGACCCUCCGCGACCCAACUUCUUCACCUUCCGGUUUUCUUGCUUUCCAACCAUUUUUGUUGUCUUCUCUUUGCUUCUAUAUACACUCCAUUUGUAAUUCUUUGUUUGUUCUGAGAUGCCCUUUUGUAUGUUCUUUCUGAAUUGUCAGUUUUGGACCUGCACGCUAGGUGUUUGAUGUUUUGCCUCACUGAAUACCUUGUAGUUAGGACAUGGGACUUUCAUGAUUUUGAGUUGUUUGCUUUUGUCUUGAAGUGGGUUUCGUCUCUUCUUUAAUCAUAACGGGCAAAACUUGUGUGAUUUUGGUUCAGUUUCAGUUCUCCUUUCAUGAAAACCACCCCUUGUUCUUUGUUCAUCUUUCCAACUUUAUCAAUGUCCGUGUAGUGUUUGUUGUCUUGUUCUUGAAAAGGAGCUUGAUUUGCUUUAGUUGAAACAAGGUCGUUUUGCAAUGAUUCAUUCUGGUUUCUUCCUUGCGGGUCCUUCAUUUAAUUCUGAUGCUACUACAUCUUUCAUAUCGAGUACUGUGUCUGGAGAAGAUGGCGCUACGGCUGAUGAUACCAGAAAUGAUACCUCUGGUUCCCUCCCUCCUUCUUUUUGGGUUAGAACAGCCAUGAGAGUCUCUAGAGCUAGAUGGUUCAUUUUCUUGAGAAGAGUUUUUCAUUACCAAAACGGAUCGAGAUCUGAUCUUGGGCCGAAUCCUUUCAAUUCAGGUUCAUGGAUGGCGAUGGAACUUGUAGCUUUGUUUUUUCAACUAAUCAUCUCAGUGUUCACUCUUGCCAUUUCACAAACUGAGAAGCCAGUUUGGCCUAUGAGAUUGUGGAUAGCUGGUUAUGAUCUUGGCUGUGUUCUUAGCUUACUGCUUCUCUGCGGCCGCCAUCGGUGUCGUUAUCUUAUGCAGGGAGAUAGUAACAGUCUUUCGGAUAUCGAGCACCAGAGCAGCAAUGAAUCAUCGAGGUACUCACAUUUGAUCAACAGAUGUCGGACGUUUCUUGAUCUUUUCUUUGCAAUAUGGUUCGUAAUGGGCAAUCUUUGGAUCUUCGAUUCUCGGUUUGCGUCGUUUCAAAGAGCUCCCAAGCUACAUCUAUUAUGCAGCUUCGUGCUAGUUUGGAAUGCCAUAUGCUACUCUUUCCCGUUCUUCCUGUUUCUGCUGCUAUGUUGCUGUGUGCCAGUGAUCAGUAGUCUUAUAGGAUAUAACAUCAACAUGGGAUCGACCGAAAAAGGCGCAUUGGACGAUCAAAUCUCUCAACUACCUUGCUGGAAAUACAAAGUCGUCGACGUCAACAUCAACCUCGGAAUUCAACCCGAUAAUACCAAUACAGGACUCCCAAAAGAGGAUCCAGAAUGUUGCAUCUGUCUUGCCAAGUAUAUAGACAAGGAAGACGUGAGACAGUUGCCUUGUUCUCAUGUGUUCCAUCUCAGGUGUGUAGAUAAAUGGCUUGCUAUAGCAUCAUCAUGCCCUCUCUGUAAGCAACAACUUCAAAGAUAGAGAGCUAAGAAUCCUUUUCUUUCUCCCUCCAGAAUGAAAUUCUUUACAUAUUCCCUGUUUUUGUGAUUUAGGCCUUUAGAUUAGAGUUUCAUAUGGUUGCUUGAGUGAGUUCCUGUGCUCACCAGUUACCUAAAUAGACUGAAAUACCGAAUGUUAGAUAUAGCAGGAGAAAUGAUGCCUUACUUGUAGAUAUUGUGAGAACUAUAGCAUUUGCUUAAUGAAUACAAACUAAGUGUGCCUUGAUUAGCUGAUUA